UGGUCGCCACCACGCCAAGAUGCUGACACUUCUCAUAUACCUGACGUUGAUUUUAGUGUCAGUCCAGGCAGAGAAGGCGCAGGAGCAGGAGGACCCAAUGAUACAGGAGCUGAUCAAACUCUCCUCCAGCAUUCACAACAAGCUGGAUAAAGGCGCGGAGAAGAUCACAGAGGCGCUACGCAACAUGACACUUACCAUGAAGGAUUCCAAACCUGGGGAUAUCUGCCUCAUGUUCCGCUUGUCCGAUGGAGCCUGUGUUGUGGAGUUCAAGAUAGCUCGCCUCUCCACUACAAUUCCGAUGAUGAUGAAUUUCCUGCCGAUGGUUCACAGCUGCCCGAGUCUGGUGAAGUCCUUCCUGCCGGUGCUGUUCAACCCUUGCUUCUGCCCCAGCCUCACCGUCCACCCAAGCUGUCCAGGGAUGGUGCAAGACAUGACGAAAGCCUUGAUAUCUUUGUGCUAGUCUAUGUAGUUUGUGUAUCGGUUUGUCUUUGUGCGUCUUUCUAUUCUGUCUAUGUUUGUGUGUCGUUUUUUGUCUCUGUUCUUCUCUCUGUCUUUUCUUUGUCUAUUUUCGUU